GAUUUUUCUCUCUCUUUGCGCUCCCUCUUUGACAGGGCGUAUAGGAAUCCCUGACAUAAUUUGCCACCGAUUUCUGGACCCUGUUGGUUGAUUGCACGGGCCCUGCCCAGCCCCCCCAGGAUAGACCUUAACUGUCUCCCGUCCUGCCCCAAGUCUCCGACACGGACAUUCCAGCUUCCCUUAGUUCCUUUGCGCCCUCAACUCCAACAACGUCAGUCAGUCAGUCAGUCUCCAGCGGCCCGGUCCCAAAGUGCGCGCGCGCAUCGCUUUGUCCUCGGACAGAGAGCCGUCACUUGUCUUGAGGCAAUCAGAGCCUACAGUCAACCAGACAACCGACCGACCGACCAGUUGUUGUUUUGUACCAUCAGAAUGGUUUAGGAUAAACAACUCGACUUGCGCGCCCUUUUUCCUCACAAGGUACUCCUUUUUGAGUCGCCAUCUACCUUCCUUCUAUUCGUCAGCCUGGGAUCGAUACUUCGAACUGUCAGCAAGUCAGGACCGCCAUUGUCAGCAGCGAUUCCGACUUUUUUUUUUCUGCCUGUAACAAUUACUUUUCUGGCUUGAUUUUUGUUUAGUUCUAUCCACCAAGCCGCGCUUUCCUAGUUUGACUGGUCAGGUAACUCGGGACCAUACUGCUAUUGACCUUCGAGGAAACUGGCAACUACAUUCGGCUGCAAAAAAGGGUCCUUCCCUCAGCAUCCGUCUGCAAUCACCGUGGCGGACUCAAAGAUCCAGCUAGGUGGUGUGGACUGUAGGGUGCUUGGCUUUCCAAGUCGGAGGCCUUUGCUUUGAGGGGAAAAAUACCGGAGGGCACGCAUCCACUCCCGUACAGCAAGACCAGAACAUUCCACCAUAACAAUGUCCUUCUCCAAUUCGGGCGGAGGUACUCUCACUCUCCCCUCGCCGACAAACGUGCAUCACGUCGACGUGUCGGCCGCCGUGCGCCAUUUGAGGCGCUCUCUUUCCCGCUCGCCAUCAAAAUUCCUGCUGCGCACUGCAUCGGAUUCUUCUGAUAAGUCUGUCGGCUCUCCAUCGCCCAAAUCGCCAUCACCUCAGUCACCCUGCCCCACACCUCAAUCGCAGCGAGUGCAACAACAAUCAACAACGCCUGCGACAUUUACCUACGCAACAACACCGAGCGCUUUUCAGCCUCAGGCAGGUCAAAUCGCACAGACUCCCAUCGGCUCGCCACUUCGCUCCGCCAAAUUUGCCCUUCGGAAUCGUCCAAAGGCUGCAUCCGCAAAACCCCCUACACGGUCGCGCCUGCAGCCAAGGAGCCCACUUAAAAGGGCUCUGAGCUCCAACAACGAUAUUGGCAACGCACUUCCGCAACCAUCGCCUGCACAGAGCCCCGAAUCUCUUUCUGGGCAGGAGAACUUUAAUACGUUUGCGCUGCAGUUAGGACAAGCUGCGCGCUCAAACGUCAUGAGCCAAAAGGCUGGGUCGCGUCAUAGCAUGCACCUUGACCUUACCGGUGCCUCAAAGGGCGGUGCAUCGCCGGGAUCGCGAUUUCUUGACGUCAAGAGUGAAACCUAUCAUCACAACACUGUAAGUCCGCUCAAGAGGACCGACGAUAUGAUGAGCGCAGAUCCGAUGGGCAGCCCUGUGGCGAAGCGCCGUAGUCUACACGGUAUUGUCAACUUCGGGCCAGACUUCAACGUCAUGGACCACGCGCCGACACCAACACCUCCCCGAUCGAGUUUUGAAAUCCACGACGAUCUGAACAACCAGGAGUACAAGUUGACGAGCUCCAUGGCUGCAAUUGCCCGGGAUAUCGCUCCUCCACCAUCGCCAUCACCGAAUGCGAAUGUACCUAAGCGGUCCUCCUCCCUUCGCAAAUCGACACUUUCUCAACGACAUGAUCCGCGUUCAUCAUGGGGCAAGCGUGCCGGGGAAAGAUGGUUGGGCCAAAAUUCAUCCGAGGCUGCUACACCUGUUCAGCGUAACAAGCACACACGUGGGUCGUUGGAUCAGUUCAUGCAGGCGGAGCCGCGUGAGAGUAUUUUCUCGUCCCGCAGUCCGCUUCCUAAUCCAUCAGCUCAUGUCUUGGACCGCCCUCACCAGCCACAUCCACUCUCUCGGACUUUGACCACGGCCUCUAUUGCAACCUCUUCAUCGGGCUCGAGCGUGACUGAAGAGUCACCAACACAUUUCCCUGCUCCGCCCCCGAACAGGUCAAGAGGCACCAGCAUAUUUGCAAGGUCACUACCGCUAAAUGCACAACCAGUUAUUUCGACUCCGGCCUACAAAUCAGCCAGGCCAUGUCAGGCCGCCUUUGCGUCAACUGGGCUGGUGUCCAAGAUGAAUCGUAACCCGGAACUGGGACCCAUUGGCCGAGGAGGCAAGAAGCUGAUUAUGCCUGAUACUCCUUGCAAAAACAACAAGAGGGACUUUUUCCAGACCAGCCAAAACUAUCCCCACAACACUUACCCUCCUUCAUCCGGAAGUGCCCGAAAGCAGCGCAAGUCAGUGGUUUCGGACCAAACACCUUUCAGCCCUGCGCCUCAGCCAAGCUUUUCGGUUUUUGGAAACUCUGAGAGGAACGGAGGAUUGUUCAAGAACCGUGGCCACAGCCGAAAGAGUAGUCUGCUCAGCUUUGAUUCAGAUGUUGACUCUGUUCUUGCUCUCGACGUUGAUCUACCUCCCACGCCCACAAAGGGCGCGCUGGGAGGGAGCAAGUCCGUGUCGACUGGAGCUAUUUCUACCACCCCGUUUUCUACCCGUCGCUUUGGCGCAUCCCCCGCCGCACUCGGUGCGUCGCUUGCGCGUGUCAGGACGGACAUGAAUUCGAGCCCUUUGCAAAACAUGGGUUCCGAAUCCCCCAAGACUCCCCAGGAGUCUAUGAUGCCACCGGAUGCUAGCCGCCUCUCGAUUUCGAAUCAUCAUGAGAACCGACAUUUGGCUGUCGAUCCGCCUGCAACUCCAACAACAAACUUUGGGCGUACCUCGGUCAUGUCUUUUGGCAGUCGCCGUGCAAUUACCCCCGUGAAUGGGCACACUGCAAGUGAAGUUGAUAUGAGCUUGGCAAGGAAGUUCUCCAAGAUUGAGUCUAUUGGAGACGGGGAAUUUUCUCAAGUCUUCAAGGUGUCAGCUCAGUCUACACCAUCGCUCUUCGCCGUCAGUCGCCUCAUGGGUACACCACCAACUCCAGUUGCCGACAAAGUUUAUGCUGUGAAAAAGCUUAAGACUGCUUUUGGAGGUGUGAAGGAUCGGGACAACAAGCUUCGAGAGGCGCUCGUCCUUAGGUCCCUAAAAGAUCGCGACAACAUUCUGCAGUAUGUAGAUCACUGGGAUGAGAAUUCCUACCUUUACAUUCAGACCGAAUACUGCGAGGAGGGUAGCCUCGAAAAGUUCUUUAGCGAAGCUGGGUUCCCAGGUCGCCUCGAUGACUUCCGGAUCUGGAAGAUUCUGCUCGAGAUAUCUCAGGGUCUCAACUCGAUUCAUGAGGCCGGUUUUAUCCACCUCGACCUCAAGCCUGCCAACAUCUUUAUCACCUUUGACGGCACCCUGAAGAUUGGUGACUUUGGCAUGACCAUCUCAUGGCCCGCCGCGAAAGGAGGGGAUAUUGAGGGUGACCGCCAAUACAUGGCACGGGAGGCUAUGCGUGGACAGGCUGACAAGCCUAGCGAUAUCUUCGCCCUGGGUCUAAUUGCUCUCGAGGCUGCCAGCAACUCGAUCCUCCCGCACAACGGCCCAAUGUGGUCCUCGCUCAGGGAUGGUGAUCUGUCCGGCAUUCCGGCUCUCACCUCUGCCGAGACCCAAGAAACCAAGCGAGACCUUCGCGGUGUGCCCAUCGCCCCUGAAACAACUCCUUUCGAGGACGUUGUGGCAGGCCUCGAUAUGCAUGCAUCCCGCCGGGACGAGUUCCCAUUCGGUCUCGGCCAGCAGACGUACAACCCCAGCAACCUUUUUGGCACUAAACGGGUCUCUGAGCCUACCGCGCCGGCCUUCAUGCUCAACCCUGAGGACCCUGGGUCUCUUGACACCUUUGUCCAGUGGUUGAUUCAGCCCGAGCCGGCCGAUCGACCCAAGAUUGCGGAUGUUUUGCAAUUCGCAUCCAUGCAGUGGGUUUCUACCUCGCGUCGGGCCCCUGCCACAGUUUUUGAGGGCAACUGGGGUCCUGCUCCCGUUGACAGGUCCCCGGUUGAGUCCUCACACACCAAUACGGACGUCGAGAUGACCGACGUUUAGAAAUUCAACCGCUUUCCCCAGUGCCGAGACAUCUUGUUCUAGAUACUGGAUAUGGCAACGAAUCUGCCAGAAGCUUGUUUGGAGUUGUCCUUGAAUUGUAAGACGAGAAUCUUGCUGGAUAUUCUCUUCGAAUGAUCGCCUCUUUUACCUACGGCCAUGAUGCCAGGUUUUGAUCAAAGUUGCGUUGCACAAGAAAAAAAAAGAAGAAAGACGGACAGAAACACGGCGGACACAAAGUGUCACCUAUGAUUUGCACCAUGUUACGACGAAUGUUACGACUACGGAGCUUUACCCUUUUUUUGGUUUUCUGCGGAAUAAUCUGGGCAUCAGUUGCCCAUGCACAUCCAUCACAACCCAUUACAUAUAAUCCGCAGGACCGGGGUUUCUCCACAUAUUCUGCCUGAAAUUGGCGGUGCUAUACUAAUACAUGCUUGAGCGCAUGGAGGGAAAUGAUGAAUACUGUUUUGACAAGACGUAUAAUCAUAGUCCCCUUUUGCAUAGAGCAAAAGAAUAGAUAGAGGUCGAUGAACGCUUGUGUCUGAUGAUUGGUUGGGUUGUAUCAUAUUCGAAGCCCCCCGCAUCUUUGACGGCGUUGGAGUCUGGUGGUCAUUUGAUAUUCCCCUUGUUUUUAUCUAUACCUGGAAGGGAUCGCAUUGGAAUUUUUUUGGGAGGUGUAUCGUGUAACAAAUUCCGGGAAGGACUGGGUUGGUUUGCUACUUAUGAACCUUGAACACCUUUGACGAUUUGGUGUCGGGCGGUGGAAGUACCUGUUUUUCUCAUGAUUGCUCUUGUCUCAUCACAUGGAAUCUUCAGUUGCUUUCUCCACAUCUUAUUUUUGACUUCUCUGCUUGAUCAACUUGUUUUUUUUUAUGUUUUCUUUCUUUUGUGGGAUAGGGCGUGGACGCAAUCUUCACUGCACCUCUCAUGAGGGAUACACAUCAUAUCAUUCAUAUUGGCGGUCUACUUCAUCAUCCUUGGGGCAAGUCGCACUUGGUGAGGGAUGGAUGGGCUUGCCUUACCACAUUAUGACUUGUAUGAAGGGACGAUCGAUGAGUUAAAGCUACGAUAUCUACCAACACGACAAGAGCAA